GUUGAUGAUGCGAUAAGGCAUGUGGUUCAGGAGGUCAAGUUAUAAUCAUUCAAGGAAGGUCGGGAGGGUUUGGAUUCAUCUAUCAACGAGCUUCUUCUUCUUGGAAUGCAAGGAUUUCUCUAAAGGAUGGCAUUUGUGCCAACUUGAGGUCUUGGAAUGCAAGAAGGUUGCAUGGCCGAACUCUGUAACUGAAGAGAAGUAUUGUGUUGAGGACUGUGGGUGGCCUUUAAAAGAGUUUGCAUAUGAGUGCAAAAUAAACCUUUUGACAGGUCGAACGCAUCAGGUUGGUGAUGAUAUACGGAUGAUGAUCUAAGUUAGGUUUUUUUCCAAUCAAUCUGUUUCGUAUGAAUAAAAAUUUCAGCAUCGACAACCACCCUCCUUUCGAACUCGCACUUGCAAGGUUCAAUUUCUGUCUCUCCCCUUCUCUCUUUGUGUUUGUUUUUACCCUAAUGAUAAUGAGUCUUUCUACAACAAAGCAUGGUGCAUUUCCCUUUGCAAUGCAUAUCCUUUUUGGUUUUUUUCCUUUCUAUCAUGGACAAUGGGAUUUUUGAACCUUGAUAUCUGCUACAGUGGCCACAAGGCAUCAUUUGGCCAUGAAAUCCAUUAGGACAUCCAUCUUCAGCUAACUUAA